ACGCUACAAAAUUUUACGUGGCUUGGACGGACGAAAAACAAUUCGUAGGCAUUUUACUAAUUAUGUAUAUUUCAAUGUAAUAUUUGUGAAUGCAGCUCAAGCAAAUUCAAUACGCAUAGUGCAAGUACACAAAAAGCAAUAAAUACAAAGAGCCGUAUGAACUAACCAUCUUGAACUUGCACACACACAAACAUACACAGUCGGGCAAUGAUUCCAAGGAUAUAGAGUACGCCAAGCUUAGUUAGACACCCAAUCAUGAACAAUAUACAGAGUGCAACAGCGCCGCCCAUUAAUGUGGGCGUUGGCAUCAAGAGCGCACGCAGCAAUAUCUUCACCGUGGACGGUCUGCCCACACAGCAGUUGCAGGAGCUGAGCAUCGACUACUCGAGCAUACGGGCCAAGGAUGUGCUCGUCGAGCCGACAGAGUCGCAGCUGCAGCUGCUCAAGCGACGUCUGCUCGAUCGCAUCGCGGACAGCUGCGGCGAGACCAUCUACGAAAUAGGCGUGGGCGAAGAUGGUCAGGAUAGCGGCCUGAACGCGGAGCAGUUUGAGGCCUCGGUGCAGACGCUGCGUCAGCUGGCCUCAGCCAUAGAUGCGGAUCUGGUUAGCCUGCGCGAACGGCCUGCGGAGAAGGGCAAAACGGCGCAGUUUCUCAUACGCAAGCAUAUCGACACGACGGACUUUAUGGAGAUUCGCGUUGCGGUCGUGGGCAAUGUGGAUGCUGGCAAAUCCACGCUGUUGGGCGUUCUGACACACGGUGAACUGGACAAUGGGCGUGGUCAUGCGCGACAGCGACUGUUCCGGCACAAGCACGAGAUCGAAAGCGGGCGCACCAGCUCCGUGGGCAAUGACAUACUCGGCUUUGAUGGCGUCGGCAAUGUGGUCAAUAAACCAGAUCAUGGCCAUCUGGACUGGGUAAAGAUAUGCGAGAAGUCCUCAAAGGUCAUUACCUUCAUAGAUCUGGCGGGGCACGAGCGUUACCUGAAGACCACAGUGUUUGGCAUGACGGGGCAUGCGCCAGACUUUGGCAUGCUGAUGAUCGGCGCCAAUGCGGGCAUUAUUGGCAUGACCAAGGAGCAUCUGGGCCUCGCACUGGCCCUGGCCGUACCUGUCUUUGUUGUCGUCACCAAGAUCGACAUGUGCCCGCCGAAUGUGCUGCAGGAUAAUAUGAAGCUGCUCUUUAAGAUGCUCAAAUCGCAGGGCUGCCGCAAGGUGCCGGUGGUGGUGCGCAGCCAGGACGAUGUGGUGCUGAGUGCCACGAAUUUUGUCAGCGAACGCCUGUGCCCCAUCUUUCAGGUGUCCAAUGUAAAUGGCGACAAUCUGGAGCUGCUAAAAAUGUUCCUCAAUCUGCUGAGCACACGCAUGGCCGGCUCCGAGAAUCUGCCAGCAGAGUUCCAAAUCGACGAUGUCUACUCGGUGCCGGGCGUCGGCACCGUCGUCUCCGGCACCUGUCUGCAGGGCACCAUCAAGCUGAACGAUGUGCUCAUGCUGGGCCCCAAUGCGGUGGGCACCUUUGUGCCCAUCACCAUCAAGAGCAUCCAUCGCAAGCGCAUGAAUGUGGAGCGUGUGCGCUGCGGACAGACGGCCAGCUUUGCGCUGAAGAAGAUAAAGCGCGCGUAUUUGCGCAAGGGCAUGGUCAUGGUAUCGCCGGAGCUGAAGCCGCAGGCAUGCUGGGAAUUCGAGGGCGAAAUCCUGGUGCUGCAUCAUCCCACAACGAUCUCGGCCCGCUACCAGGCCAUGGUGCACUGCGGCAGCAUACGCCAAACGGCAUCGAUUGUGCGCAUGUCCUGCGAUUGCCUGCGCACCGGCGACAAGGCGCGCGUCAAGUUCCGCUUCAUCAAGCAGCCGGAGUACAUACGCGCCGGCCAGCGUCUCGUCUUUCGCGAGGGCCGCACCAAGGCCGUGGGCAACAUACUCCAGCCCAUGCCGCAUGCGGCCGCCUCGCCAUACCGGCCCAAGCCGGCCAAGAUGCAGUCGCGCGCCCACAACGGCACCGGCAGCAACAGCAGCCACAAUCAGCAACGUCACAACGGGCAGGGCUCCUCCUCGUCGGGCGCGGCGGCCGGCUGCAGCAAGGAUGGCGGCGAGCAGAACGGCGAGCGGCGCGAGGGAAGUCGGCGCGGCGGCAAGCGGAAACGCAACAAUCGCACGCAGCUGACCGGCUCCGCGGCGCCACUGAAUGGCAGCAGCGGCUCCCAUGCGGAGACAUUGCCGGAGCCAACACAAAACUAGAAACCAUAUUUUAAUCGACAACUGUUUUAAAAGAAAAAAAAAAGAAAGAACGUAUUUUGUAUACAAAAUUCGCUAGUUAUUAAGCUCCAAAGUAUUUUGGCGAAAAGGUUGUGCGACAUGUGCGCGGCCGUGUUGAUAUUUGAGAGAAAAUGAGAAUUGUCUGAGAAAAAGAGAGUGAAACUAUUUUACUACAGGUAACACGCGGUAAGACGACUUUGUAUGCUGUGUGAAAUUGUGUGUAAAUUUGCUAAUAAAUGUCUAAUUUUUGUUUUCGUCCAAUGUAAA